AUGAUUCCUUCGCUCCCAGCCAUCAUGGAGUCUUGCGCAACCUGCGCAACAAUCCUCCGGUUACAGGGUACGCCGACGUCAGCAAAGAUGCCCGACGAUCGGAUAGUAUCGUGCUGUGGAAGAGUGAUAUGCGGCAGCUGUAUCCAGAAGAACCCGAGGUUCUCUCAAUACUGCCCGUACUGCCAGAUAUCCAGUACACCUUCUCCUCUGCCCCAAGGACUCAAGGAUCCACCGUCUUAUGCGCUGGUCUCGCAGUCACGAACCAUGGAUAGCGGACCACCACCCUACACACUCGUGGACGCGAAACCUCAGCCGAAAAGGAAUGAGGGCGCAAGUGCGGGAGUGGACGAGAAGAGCACCGCUGAUGAUACUCUCCAUUUUCUGAACCACAACCACGACAGCAUCACAUCAUUGUCGUUUCGAUAUGGCGUUCCUGCAGCCGCAUUGCGGCGGGCAAACAACAUCACGAGUGAUUAUCUUCUACAAGGUAGAAAAACAAUAUUAAUCCCAGGGGAAUACUACAAAGGCGGCGUUAGUCUCUCGCCCACGCCAAUCGAUGGAGAAGAUGAAGAGUUGAGAAAGAGCAAGAUACGGCGAUUUAUGACGUCCUGCAAAGUCUCUGAUUACAACAUUGCCCAGCUCUAUCUUGACAAGUCAGGCUAUGAUUUUGGCGCUUCAGUACAAGCGUACUUUGAUGACGAGGCAUGGGAAAGGGAGCAGGCGAGCAAUGGGGCCAACAAAGCGAUGACGAGGACGAAGAACCUCGGCUUCUUCUGGCGAAGAUAA